UGCGCUGACAGAGCGAGCGUGGCCCUCGAUGGGCCGCGACAUACUUCGAGCGAUAAUGCAAUGCACAUGUCGAUAACGACAAGCUUCUCCCAUGCAGUGCAUUGUAAGUGAAGCCGAAGCGCUGUUGCUUGUCGAGCAAUUACUUUCAGCCACGAUUCGCUUCAGAGAAUGGCAACAACUUCUAUGACGAAGUGCGCAGGGGCCGCUCUGCUUUUUGCGGCGCUUGUUGCGGGACAAGGUGGUGGUAACGAAACCUUUUGCGACAAGCAGGACGUCGCUGCCUGCUACUGGGGCUUUGCUGAUAGAUUUGGGAAAAUUCCCCUUUUAGGACGCAAUGAAAACAAAACGUCCUAUCUGACGAACCUGUGCACGAGCACACCAUCCGACUUUCCCGAUCCCAACUUUUGCAAGCAAUAUCGUUACGGUAGGUGCACGGAAGCCGAGAUAAAGGAAUUCACUCGCAUGGAAAGAGGCUACGCUGCACUUCGUGGAGAAAUCACUUCGGCAAAAAACUGCGAGUGCAAGUAUUUGCCUGAAUACUUACUUGCCGGUCCAUGCGCAUUUGUACAUGAGAAACAGAACGUGUCACAGGUGCACUCCAUCCAAGAACAAUUGGCGAUAGAGUAG